ACAUUGAGCUAGUCACUCGGCGUUCUUCGUGUCGUCAAAAUGGUUCCAAAAAUGAACGUCAAAAUACUGUUGAUCGUAAUAGUUUGUACAUUUAUAAUAAACUCGGUUGAUUCCUGUGACCGCCGACGCAAAAGCUUCCACGUGUACUACGACCGGUACGUGGACUUUCUGGGAGCAUGGAGCGCCUGUCACAGUUUUGGCCAACGGUUGGCCACCAUCACCUCGGAGGACGACGCCCGGUUGCUGAAGCAGGCCAUUGCCAAAACGGCCCGAACGUCGAUCUUCUACGUCGCUGGGUACGAUACGGGAUAUAAUGGGAAGUGGGUGUGGUUUCCGUCGAAUACGGAGAUCACUGGAUACUCGAACUGGUACACGGGACUGCCGGAUCUUCACGGCGAACGCUGUCUGGAGAUUGGCCGGUUCGGGGGAAUUACUUGGAACGAUAUCAGCUGUUGCACGCAUUUGCAUUACAUUUGCGAAGAGAGUUCAACCUUUUCAGAUUCGUUCGAAAUUAUGGACCCUGGUCCCAACCUGGUGAAACGAUACUACGUGCAUUACGAUAAGCACGUGGACUUUCUCGGUGCGUGGAAUGCUUGCCUCCGGUAUGGCCAACGGUUGGCAACGGUAACCUCGCAGGAAGAAGCGAACCUGCUACAGGAGACGCUGGACAAGGUUCCUCGAAAGUCCAUCUAUUACAUUGCCGGGAUAGACACGAACGGAGAUAAUAAGAACUGGGUUUGGGUGUCGAGAAAUAACGCCAAGGUAGCCGGGUACACCAAUUGGCACCUUGGCCAGCCGGAUAAUGUGUACGAUCGGUGCAUCGAAGUUGGACGGUACGGGAAGUGGACCUGGAACGAUGUCAACUGUUGCACGCCACUCUAUUAUAUUUGUGAAGAUUAAGGUUUGAUGGUGUGGUGAAGAUUUUUUGAGAUAAAUAAUUCUCUUCUGUUUGCAUGAAAUAAAAUCAUUUUCAAGAACUGAUUAAAAUCGCGACUCAAUUUGUGUUUAAAAUAAAAUCAUGCCUCUGUGCUCUUAUGUACUAAGCUCACUUGGAUUCCCAUUUAGAGAGUAUAGAGCCAUCGAGCUAUAGACUGAUUUCCAAUUAAAAAAUAAAUCAAAUUAGUUGAA